AUGCCCGACCAGCUCAGCGGGGACGGCGGGUCGGCACCCGACGCGCCCGAGGCGCUGCUGCCACCACCCGAGAAGCGGGCCCGCACCCUACCCGCAACUGGAACGUCCACGCAAAGCACCCAGGUGACGCCAGCGCUGACAAGUGAGCGCUCGGUAACCUCGAGCAGACAACUCCGCCUCGUCACCUGGAACGUGGCCUCCUACCGCAGCGCUUCGACUGCACUGCUCAAAUACGUUCACGAAGCUAAUCCAGAUAUCAUCUGUUUACAGGAGACGAAGCUGCAGGCGAACGCGACACCCGGGCCGUUUCUUCUGCCUCAGUACCGUUACAAGACCUGGUUUUGCAGUACAGCGCGCAAGGGUUACUCUGGCACCGCAGUGUUAUCGAAACUCAAGCCUCAAAGCGUACAUCGGGGAAUACCAGGUCACCCGGAACACGAUGCUGAAGGUCGCUGCAUCGUCUACGAAUAUCCCGACCUUGUCUUAGUGAACGUGUACGUACCAAACUCGGGACUGAGGUCCUGCGAGCGCCUUGCGUACCGAGUCCAAGAGUGGGAUUCUGCCCUGCGCGACUACCUCCGACAACUAGCGGCAACGCGACGAUCCAUCAUUCUCUGUGGCGACAUGAAUGUGGCUCUAGACGAUCGCGACGUCUAUUCGGUGGAGGCUUGUCGAGGGUGUGCGGGUUUCACCAGCGAUGAGCGGGAGAGCUUUCGGAGAACGCUCUCGGAAGCGGGUCUGGUGGACGCUUUCAUGGCUCUGCAUGGCAACGAGGCGACACCGCGCUUUACAUUUUGGGAUUAUCGGGAUUCUAUGGGAGGCGUUCGACGGAACGGGUGGCGAAUCGAUCUCUUCUGCGUCAGUGCAGCCAUGGUGGGUCAGGGUCGGACACCGCGGCAGGUACUGCGGCAUAACGAUGCUUCCGCAGAGGCCUGCACCGCUGACACCUCCCCGCAAUCGAUGGCGACGGAGAGCGUCUGGAAAGUAGUGCAAGUGCGUCCGCGCCCGGAUAUCUACGGAAGCGAUCACUGCCCUGUCGAGAUGGUGCUAGCUUUUGUGCCUGACGCGGAAGCAAGCGCCGCUUUCUCGCAACCAUUGGUGAACGUGCCUGAGCGGCGGGAAAGCGCUGAAUGCUCGAGUCCGGUGCGUACCGAUGACGAUGCAUCCGGCUGCUGCCCCGAGCGCGGCGACUCGGACAAGGCCGACCCAGCAUGCCCAGGGGUAAAGCAAAGCUAG